AGCUUAUUUAAAAAAAAAUAUCCAACUUUGAAUAAUAUUUUUAUUUCUAUUUUUUUUUGUUUGAACUUAAAGCAAUGCAGAAUUUAAAAUAUUAAUAAUAUAAUUGAAUUUGAAUUUUUAGAGGAUAGAAUAGUGCUAAAAGUGAAUGAUUAAUAGCUUACUCGCAACUGUGUUUAAUGUAAAACUAUAAAUUAUGGGUUAUGUUUUAAAGUUUCUCCGAAAUUAUACAAGUUUUAAAAUCCAAAAUAAUUUACCGACAUGCUUGCAAAUUUAUGGACUUCUGAACAUCAGAAAACUACACAGAUCUGCGAGUAUGUAUGUUAAAAUGUAUAUGGAAAAUGAAAAUAAGCAUGCAUACAAUAUAAUGCUAGACCAUGGGUAUGUGAUUGAUUUUCUUAAAAUUAAGAACGAUAAACGGUUCAUACCAAAGGAAGAAUUUCUUAAAAUAUUAAAGACAAAUUGGCUGAAAGAAAAUGUUCAAAAAAUUUUCCAAAGUUUUCCAUCUUUAGGUGAUUAUGGUUCUGAAAAUAAUAUUUGCAUAUCAGAUACCCAAUUUGAUGACUUUAUAGAUAUUUUAACAGACAAUCUACAUUUAGCUACUGAUGAGGAGUUGAAAUCUUUAUUUUAUGGCCUAUCAAAGUUUCCUGAAACUGAUUCAAUAAGAACAAGAAAUUACAUUGAGGUGUGGGCUGCGUUGGAUGAUGAGUGUAUCAAAAGAAUGAACAAGUGGUCAUAUGACCAAAUGCUGUUAUUUGUUUCUUUAUGCUUUAUGUUAAAUGUAACAAAGCCCAGCGAUUUUACCUUCAAGUGUUUGCAAAAACUUACAUCAAAAGCACAUCAACUAACAAAAAAUCAAAUUGUUAAAACUUUAUUUUUCAUUGGAGUAAAAAGAAACUCUCCUAUAAAUAUACAUAAUUUGGAAGUGCAAAUUGAGGAACACUUUCUGGAAUUUAGUUUAGAUGAAUUAGCUAUUAUUUCUAUGGGCCUAUUUAAAAGUAAGACUCCUAUUAGAAAUAAAUCAUUAGUAAUCAAAAUCAUUGACAAAAUCAUAGAAAAUUCUAAAGAAAUACAUGAAGUUUCACUUGCUGCUUUAUUGAAAAUAAUUCGAUAUUCGUUAAAAGUCACACAAGAUAAUCAUAGAGUCUAUGACUUGCUUGAUAGCUUGCAAUAUGAGAUACCAAGGUUUUCCAUUAUGUGCAAUGUGCAUGUGGCGUUAGUGGGAACUUCAACUUUAACAGUACAUGAAAAUUGUUUAAAUAAUAUUGCAGAAACUCUAGUAGAAUCCUUAUCCAAGGCUAGGUUAAAAGAUUUGGAAAGGCUGGUAUUAACCUUUGGAACUUUUAAUUUUACACCUAAGAAUGAUAACUUCUUUAAUAAAAUACUUGAGGAAAUAAGAAAGCCAGAACGUUCAGAAGAAAUUGAUAAAUUUGGCAGAGUAUUUGCCUGCUGUGUUUCAUAUUUCGGCCUUCUACAGAUAUACCCCGCAGAUUUAAUGAACAAAGCCCUAAGUUCUGAAUUUUUGCUAAGUACAUAUGGUAAACACUGCCAACAGUAUGGGAGAGAAAUUCUUUCAAUACACAAUAUGGCAAAAUUAUUUGUUAAAGAUAGCACAAUAAACCAUCUUAGUGAUAAACAAGCAAUAGUAUUAGCAAAAAAGUGCACAGAUUAUAUUCCUGAUGAAAAUUACCCAAAACAGUAUAAUGCUGCAGAAAAAAUGUUUUUAGAUGUCACAAAAGUUUUACAGGAAUCUCGGGGAGGUAGUGAAUUUGUUACAGGAUAUCACUUAUUGUCACACCACCAAAGAGGAGAUGUAAUUAUUUGCAAUGAUCACCAAGGGUGUCCAGUGCCUGUUGACAAAGCAUUUCCGGAUGUUAACUUUGGCCUCCUUACAAGACCACCAAACAGUAAUAUUUGGGUGGCUUUGGUCAUUGCUAACCGAAACUCUUUUCUAAAGUCAGGACAACCUACUGGUCACUAUUCAUCUAAACUCCGAGAGCUAAAUACACUAGGAUUUUAUGCAGCCAUAGUGGACUGGAAAAUUUAUAUCAAAUUAGAUGGAACAAUUGAAAAAAGUAAAUACCUUGAUCAUGUAAUAAAAGAAGCUAUAUGUAAUAAAAAUUGAACAAAAAAAAUAUCUUUUUAAUGUA